AUGCCAUGGCACACGAUUCUAGUAGCCAUCUCUCAUGAGCCUGUACCUCUUUCCAUUCAAUUAGUAUUUCUCACCCUCCUCCCAUAUCUCAUCUGGCGCAUCCUCCUCUCCUCGCAAGACCACCGACCGAUUCCACACUACCCGAUACCCACCCUCCCAGGCCUCAAGCCCAGACAAGCCUUUGAGAGACACGGAAUAGCCCUCCUCCAGAAGGGCUUUGCCGAAUUUCCCAACCAACCGUUCCAGGUCUUCUCUAGCACCGGGCCCCGCAUCGUCCUGCCCAACAGGUUCGCCACAGAAGUCUCCCAACAUCCUCAUCUCAGCUUCACCAAGUCAAUAAAGGUAGAAUUCUUCCCUCAGUAUCCCGGCUUCGAAGGGCCGAGAGCGACGUUCGAGGAGAACCACGCCCGGCUGAUCCAAGAUGUCGUGCGAGUGAGAUUGACGCAGUCGUUGGGGUUGAUAGCAGGAGACUUGGUGGAUGAAGCUUCCUACGCCUGUCACCUUGAAUUCGGCGAGAGCGAAGUGUGGAGACCUGUGCGGCUGAGAAAUGAUACGGCCGAGUUCAUUGCCAGGCUGUCGUCGAGAGUCUUUCUGCGACCCGAGAUCUGUCGGGAUGAAAGGUGGAUAGAGCUUGCGAAGAGCUAUACCGAGAAUGUCUUCGCUGCUGCGCAUGAGCUGAGGGCGCUACCUUCCGUGCUGAGGCCGGUUUUAGUAUGGUUCCUACCGCAUUGCAGAAGGAUAAGAAAGCAGGUCCGAGCCGCAAGGAGGUUGAUCGCGAGCAAGUCUGAGAGCAGGUGGGUAACACGGCAAAUUUUCGGAGCGGCCUUCAGUUGACGAAGUAUAGGAAGCUGGAAGCCGAAAGAGCACAGUCCUCUGGGGCACAGCGUCCGAGAACUACCAAUGCUAUCGCGUGGAUGGUAGAGCUGUCGAAAGGAGAGCCGUUCGACGUAGUAGCUUCCCAGCUCGCGUUGAUCGUUGGUGCCGUGUUCACAGCUUCUGAAGCACUUGCACAUGCACUCCUGCAUCUAUGUCAAAACCCAGACAUCAUUGAGCCUCUUCGCGAAGAAGCAAGUCUCGUCUUACAAGAGCGCGGCUGGACCAAAGCGGCGCUGCACCGGCUAAGGCUGAUGGACAGCUUCCUGAAGGAGUCGCAAAGACUCCAUCGCGAAAGAUGUGGGUUGACGGUUGCUCCCCAGUCAAGUACUUAGCAACACUGACAGAUCGCAAGGGGGCCUGCAGAGAUACGCCGAAGAAGAUAUCCAGCUUUCAGACGAGACCGAGAUUCCAAAGGGAUGCCGCAUCAUGAUAGAAGCAAGACAUUUUGAUGCCGAGCUUUUCCUGGAGCCUGAGAAGUUUGACGCUUAUCGCUUCUUACGCAAGCGUGAGGACUCGGGCCAGGAGAGCAAUUGGCAAUUCAUCUCGACCUGCCAAGGAUAUCUUGGGUUUGGCCUCGGACGUCACGAAUGUCCUGGGUAUAUUAAGCCUGAACCAUAG